AACUAAAAUUGAGAUUUCAAAAGUUUUUGUUUAAGUAAUUCUUAGAAUGUAAUUAAAAAAAGUAAUAAAAAUAAAUUAAAUCAAAAAAAAACAAAACAAAACAAAAUAAUAAUUGAGCUAAUAAAAGAAAAAAAGUGUAAAAAAAUCUUUAAAUUCAAGCAGAAAUCAAAUAAUUUAAGUUUCGUCUUUAACAUUAAUGUAGUACGCCAAUUUUGAAGAAAUCGAAAUCUCUGAUUUUACUUAUGACCAAGAUAAAUCAAGUAGCCUGCAGCUAUUUAGCACAUAAAAUAAUGAUUUAUUUAUUCCAUAUUAAAAUUAAUACUAAAUUUUAAAUAAAAUAAAUCAUUUAUCAGAAAAAGAAAUAGAUCUAAAUCGAAACUAAAAACCUAAAAAAAUUAAAGUGUUCAAAAGAAUUUAGAAGAAAUUUAGAUAAACUGGAAUCACAGCCAUAAUUUAGAAAUAGCCACCUUAUGAAAAAGAUUUGAGAUUACUAGCAGGUUUGUAAAUCUCUCCAGAAGGAGUAAUUAGGUCUCACAAUGAUGCUAUUUAAUUAAGUUUUGGAUACUUGUACAAUCCUCUCAAUAUUAAAUACUUUAUAAAUUAGUAAGUAAUUGAAGUAGAAUAGUAAUUGGUUGAAGCCUCUCCUGAAAUAUCUAUAAGUAAAGCUCUUGAAUAUUUAUCUCAUACUCCUUGCUAACAACAAUCACUAAAUUUAUUUUAUAAGAAAUGCUACAAGUAUAUCGAAGAGUAUACCUCUAAAAACCAAGGAGCUAUUUUUUAAUAUUUUAUAAGAAGAAUAAAUCUUAUCACAUAUAGCGAGGAAGUGGUUAAAGCUGGCUACUCUAAAAGUUUUUUGGAUAUGAUUGGAAUUGAUGUUGAAUAAUUUAGCUCAAAGAUUUUGCAAAAUCAUAAAAUAGACCUUAUUUAAGACAAUCAAGAAUCCUUAAACUAAACUGUAUGUGGAAUAAAUAAUUCUAUCCUUAAUAGUGCUCCUGUAAAAAGAUAGAUUAAAAUCACUACUAUUGAUGGAUUUGCUCUUAAAAUUAAAUAUGAAACAGAUUAAAUAGAUUUAAGUGAUACGCAGGACAUUCCAUUUUAAUGCAAGCUUUCUAUUGUAAAAAUUACUGCUAAUAAAAAAGAAAUUCUAAAUCUAAUUAAGCAUAGAUAAGAGGUAAUAGAAAGAAAAAAAUUGUAGUCUUAUGACGAUUUUCUUUAAAAUGAAUUACAAACACUAUUUAAAAAUUAAUUUUGUGCAAAAGAAUCUAAAAAAUUUAUUGAAAAAUACUAUGGAGAAUUAACAAAUAAAAUUUAUACAAAAAAAAAUAAAGUUAAUUCAAGAAAUCAUAAUUUUGUAAAAAAAUAAUUUUAAAUUAUUUAAAUUGAGCAAUUAAGCAACAAUGAAAGCAAAUAAUUAGCCCAGAAAUAUGAUGUAAUUUGA